UACUCAUUGCAGUUCUGUGACACAGUCUGGCAAAAUGAGCUUUUUACUCUCGGUUCUUCUUUCAUUGCUGGUUUCUAUUCUCGGUGGACUUUAUCUCCUCGGCGCAUUUCGCAGAAGACGCCCUGGAGAACCCCCACUAGACCGAGGUCUCAUACCUUGGUUUGGUCAUGUCCUAGACUUCCGCAGGGACACAGUUAAGUUCCUUCAGAAAAUGAAUGAAAAGCAUGGAGAUAUGUUCACAGUGCAGAUAUCCGGCCUCUAUUUCCAUUUCCUAAUGGAUCCACUGUCUUUCGGAGCAGUGGUAAAGGAGGCACGAACAAAGUUGGAUUUUACCAGGUUUUCGCAACAAAUGGUGAUAAGGAGCUUUGGUUACCAUCCCAUAGAAGAAGACCACAAACUUCUGCAAGCUUCUAGCAACAAGUAUCUGACGGGGGACGGUUUGGUAGUCAUGACCCAGGCCAUGACGAGCAACCUUCAGAACCUGAUGCUACACAGUGUGGGUACAGAAAAAGAUGAGAAUGAGUGGAAAGAAGAUACACUUUUUAACUUUAGCUACAAUAUUGUGUUCAGGGCUGGUUACCUUUCCCUUUUUGGGAAUGAAACAGUGAAGUCUGCAGGCAGCUUGGAAAAAGCAAAGGAGAAAGACCGCAUUCAAUCUGAUGAACUGUUUUAUGAGUUCAGAAAAUUUGACAAACUGUUCCCUAGGUUGGCAUAUGGAGUGUUGCCACCAAAAGAGAAAAUGGAAGCAGAAAGAUUAAAACGGUUGUUCAGUAGCAUUUUGUCUGUACAGAAUGUGAAUCAAAAGGAAAAUAUUAGUGGCUGGAUUUCAGUACAGCAGCAAGAGAGAGCUGCAAAUGGAAUGAAAGAGUCCAUGCAGGACAGAUAUAUGUUUUUGCUGCUCUGGGCUUCUCAAGGCAACACCGGCCCUUCUGCUUUCUGGCUGCUUCUGUUCCUCAUAAAGCAUCCUGACGCAAUGAAGGCAAUCCGAAAGGAAGUGGAAGAGGUCUUGAAGGAAACAGGACAAGAGGUAAAACGUGGGGGGCCGCUUAUCAAUCUCACAAGAGACAUGCUUCUGAAGACCCCUGUGUUGGACAGUGCAGUGGAGGAGUCCCUCCGUCUCAAAGCUGCUAAUAACAUUGCCAGAGGUGUUCGGCAGGAUAUGACCCUCAAGCUGGCCGACGGUAGAGAAUACAACCUCCGAGAAGGGGACAUAGUUGCACUGUUUCCACAUGCUGCUAUUCAGAUGGACCCUUCUAUUCACCCUGACCCACAGACCUUUAAAUAUGAUCGAUUCCUCACACCAGAAGGUACCAAAAAGACAGACUUUUAUAAGAAUGGUAAGAAGGUGAAAUAUUAUAAUAUGCCCUGGGGUGCUGGGGUGUCAAUGUGUCCAGGCCGUUUCUUUGCAACAAAUGAGCUCAAGCAGUUUGUCUUUUUAAUGUUAGCAUACUUUGAUUUUGAGCUCAAGAACCCAGAAGAAGAAAUCCCUUCCAUCGAUCCCACACGUUGGGGGUUUGGAACCAUACAUCCAACCAGGGAUGUUCAGUUUAAAUACAGGUUAAGAUUUUGAAUCAAGUUCAGGAUGAGUUUGUGACUGUUAUGUGAGUAUUUUGUUCCUGUUUAUUCUCAUGCAGGUUCAGAAUAACUCUUACAAAUAACAGUGAAAUCUGUUAAAACAAAAUAUCUGAAAAUUCAGUGCCUAAAUCUCCUUUUUAUAUAUUAAGUGUCUAUAUAGAUAUACAAAUUAUAAGCAUAGCUGAAAUUAAGUAGUAUUAAUCUAUUCUUAUGAUAUUCAUUGCUUUGAGUUUCUAAAAAGUGCUAAUCAAUUGAAUUAUAUAACUUUACAGAGCUCACUUUCCCAAUUACAACAUUUAUGAGUUGUGCAUUAAAAGUUAAAAGUGCAUUAAAAGUUAAUUUACUUAAAAUAAACACAUACUAGAAAGUAAAAGAAAAAAAAAUGUUAUUCUCCAGCACAUAUAAUAAAAUAAUUCACCAAUUUAGCUCCUUAAUGAACACAAAUGGUCUCAAAACAAAGCAGUGGAAGAGAUAUUCAGUCUUUAUUUAAGAGAAAAAAUAUAUUCUACAAUGGAAAGCUGUGGAAUAUCUAUUAAUUCAGCAAGACAUGUGGUUGUGUAAUUUGAAUAAGUCACUUUUCUCAAGGGUAAAAUGGCAGUACUCUACACUGUCCUCACACAUUUUCUAGAAUCCUGCAUUGAAGAAACAUCUGGUUCUCAUCAGCUUCAAAGUGCUCAUUCAAUCCCAUAAAUGUCUUCAGGUUUCUAUGGCGACAUCACCAUACAUGCAUCCUGUUUAUUUUUUGCAUGUAUUGGCCUACAUUGUUUCCCCGUAAUGCAGGAGAAAUUGUUCUUUACAUAUCUGCUAUAGUUGUAAUUUAUUUAAAAUACAUUAGGGUUUCUAAAGAAAUGAUAUUAUUCAUUUUUAAUUUAUUUUUAUUUUAAUCAACUUUUGUAUCUCAAUGGGCAGAAAGGGUAUUUUUCAAGCUGUAAGUAAAACAUAACAUUGCUGAUGAUAGAGUUUCAGCUAUUCUCAACAAUAACUUUAUUAUAUGGGAUUUCUUUGAUUGUGGAAUCUGUAUCUUGUAUCUGAUAUUAUUAAAAAGAAACAAGGAGUUUGUGCUAUCUAAAUAAAUGCACUGUAAUUCUGGAA